UGGUCGCUGGUAAUAUGGCUGACCCGCAAUUCGAGCCUUUCAAGAUAUUUUUUGACCAGAUGCCCCAACAUAUUAAGGCACCCAUCAAUUGCUACAGUUUCGUUUUGCUGGUGAUGAUACGCUCGGCUGCUUGGUAAUGGAUAGCCCAUGAUGUGGACUUUUCCCACACGGACGACAUGAACAAGCAGCAGGUGCCCUGCUCCCCUCCUCCGGAACAGAAGUGCCGCCUGCCGUCGCCCCUGGAAGAUGGCGGGGACAGGGAAUUGGUUGACGCCGUCAAUCACGCAUGUGCGAUGAUGAACGAGCUGUCAGCCAGCGGCAACACGGAGCGCCGGCGGAGAAGACUGCCAGCCAUCCCAGCCAACCGAAAACCGCUGGCAAAGCUGACGCAACAGCAGCAGCAGCAUCCGGGCUCGUUGGCCGACGAGCUUCGGGGCGCGGAUCGCGAUGGGCCGCAGCAGUCCUCUCUGCCGCCCGAGUCCGGCCCCACCAAGUUGAUCCGGCAGGUCUCGGAUCGACUAUACCUCGAGAUCGACACUUCUGGUGCUCAGCCGAAGUCCUGUCUCAGGUUGUACGACAAAUCUCUACUGAGCGGGACCACAAACAGCGGAAGCCUCAGUCCGGAUGACCUGAGGUCAAGGUUGAGUCUGGACACGGGUGUCGACAGCGGCAACUCCACAGCUCACUCGCCGGACGGUGCCAAGUCCAUAUCGCCCGCGUGCAACGGGAGCCCCCUGUCGGCAAGCAGUCCCAGUUCGACAACGACCUCGGGUGGCGGCCUGCUACAACUGCAGGAUGCCACGCAUCGCGGUCUCUAUCGGUUUGUACCGAGGCACGCGGACGAGGUGGCAAUCGACAUUGGUGACCCCGUUUACGUCAGCAAGGAGGCAGACGAUGCGUGGUGCGAAGGUGUCAACCUGAGGACCGGAGCCACAGGGAUCUUCCCAAGUGCCUAUGUGAUUGAUGUUGACUACUCAGACUUUGGUUCAGAGGGUCAGCAGAUCAGGAAGGAGCGCUACUUGCUUGACUUCCUGGGCUCAGUUGAAGUGUCGUGCCACAAAGGCAGUGAAGUCUUCUGCCAGGCGAUUCGAAAGGUUGCCAAGGCUAGUGCUUCCGAAGUGGGCAUUCACGGCUCGCAUCCGUGCGUCCUCGAAGUCACCGACCUCGGCCUGCGGAUGGUGGACCGUGGGCGACCAGCUCCCAACCAUGUGCCAACACACGACUACUUUUUCAAUCUGAAGAAUGUCACCUUCUGUGGGUACCACCCUAAAGAUCACAAGUAUUUUGGUUUCAUCACAAAGCAUCCGCUACGCGAGCGGUUUGCUUGCCAUGUGUUCCAGGCUGAGGGCUCUACGCGGGAAGUGGCCGAGGCUGUCGG